GAGAAGGUGUGGAGGGGGAGUUGGAGCUGUGUAAAGUGGAGCGUGUGAGAAAAAAGGAAGAGUUAGAUAACAACAUGGCACAGAAAUAUAACUUGAAGUACUCCAUCAGAGAGUACACGGCCGAAGAUAAGAAUGCCGUCAUCUCACUGUUUCGUAAUGGGAUUUUGGAACAUGUCUACCCGGCAUUCUUUAAGGCCAUGAGUGAUCCAGACCACAUUGGGGUGGCCCUCAGUAUCUCCAUGGCGGGAUAUGUGCUUGGAGGAAGUUCCUACUUCCAGGCAUUACUCUUCGGGGGUGCCUGGGCUGGGCUGGUGUACUACUGUUGCCACGAGAUUUAUGAAGGCUACAUGAAGAGAAGAUUGGGCACAGACAUGGCCGACAUUCAGGCCAGCUUCCUAGACAACCCCGACAAUGGCUUCUGGGUGGCAGAGGCAGAGGUCAAUGGCAAGUCCAAGGUGGCCGGUGUAGUGGCAGUGACGGGGAGGAGGGGGGAGGAUGAGGAUGAGAGUGAUGGCAGUAGUGGCUGGAAUGGAGGGAUGAUGGGAGCCCAAGAGAUAGCCCAAGAUGCAGGUGAUGGUAGCUAUGGUGAGGUUUCCCACAUGGUCGUGUCUUUUGCUUGUCGCCGCAAAGGCCUUGGUGCUCAGCUGGCUCAGAAGGCCAUGGAUUUCUGCAAGGAACGUGGCUACUCUCGAAUCGUCUUGGACACCAGCUCACCACAGACGGCAGCCAACUCCCUUUAUCAGAAGCUGGGCUUUGUUCAAACGUCCUCUCACAGUAACACACAUGCUAACCGCUGGUUCUCCAAGCUGGCCAGAAUCAAUGUGAUGCGUAUGGAAAAGUUUAUCUAAGACCGAAGUUACUGUAGACAUCUGCACCAUUCAUCCACCCUUAAAUGGACCUCUAUUUAGUAAUACAGCACAGCCCAGCUUACUUCCAAUCAAAAAUACCUCCAGAUACAGCCGUCAUCUACUCACAAGCGGACAAACACAGCUACAACUGUACAGAGUAUAUUAUGUCAUAAUGUAUCUUCUGUCCACUUUACAGUUUUCUUAACAAAUUUUAAUUUAGUUUAUUUAGAAAAAUCAAUUGAAGGGUUUUACUCUGUGGGGUAUAAAGCCAUAACCUUGGGUAUUGGAAACAGUAAGGCAAUUACUCUAUCUCACCUGUUUGUCAAAAUUAAUUUAUACAACUUUUGCUGAUGUUUACUGAGAAAACUCUAAUGUUUGUGAAACCUCCUUGGAUAUAAUGCACAAAAUAAACAAUAUC